AUGGGAGCUAUCAGCCAGGCUGGGUUUGUGGAUACGGCGACGGGCACGAAGAUCCGGCCCACGAGUUACUCUCAUACGGUGGAUGAGGUGGUGGAUGCGGCGCAUAAGGCUGAGUUCACGGUCCAGCAGAUGGAAGGGGAGAGGGUGCGCGAGAGGACGGUAGACGAGGAUCUGGCAGAGAAGCUGGGGAAGAGAGCGAAGAAGUGGGUUGGCAUAACGGUGUGGUUUGGGGUUUGUUUUAGGAAGAAUGCGGUAUGA